AUGUUGAGAUGGCCACUGGGAGCAAGGCGCUGGCGUCCAGCAGCUCUUACUUGCAGAGUGCUUCGCAGAUCUCGCUUCUAUAGCACUAAUGAGUCAGUUGAGAAUGUUCAAGUUCAAUGCGCAUCAGCUGGUGAGAUAACUGUGAGCCUUCACAACAUCGCCAAGCAUGCAUCGACAAAACCUCUGGUUAUUGUCAUACCUCCAAUCCCCCAUACCGGAGGGGAACCACAUAGCUCGCUCCCAAGAUGGCUCCGGGAGUUUCCGGCAGCAGUCAUUAACUACCGGUGGAACAACGUGAAAGACCCAGAGGACAAGACAUCUCUCAGAUGGCCAAGCCCAGUUCACGACCUCACCUUUGGGUACUCCUGGCUGUCAGCCAACCUCGGCCUUCGUCCGGAGAAGAAAAAGCAUGUCUUUGGUCGCCCAGCCUAUGUCUAUGGCUCCUAUCUAGGCGCCACUCUAGGUGCUGGCCUAGCCUUCACAGAAGCUCACCGCCCCUUUCUGAACCUCGGCCAAGGCGGCAUGACCGUCCGUGGUCUUAUCGCUCACAACGGGAUAUACAACUGGCCCAUGUUCCUUCCCGACCACCCAAUACACAGCUACAAGUUGAAGCCCCCUAAACACGGAAUACGCCCAUUCUACACCAACAAAGUCCAGUCACAACGUUUUGAGCUCGAGGAAUUCGACGAAAACACGGCCUUUGGUUUCCUCUACUCCCAAAUGCCCUACCUCUUUCCCUCACCAUCAAACCUCUUUGACCCGUUCGCUUCCCCGACUCUGUUCUUUCAGAACGCGCCUCUGCACGUACCGGAAGAUUUCUUCAACCCAUCCCGGUUCAACAACCUACCUUCACCGCCGGCAUUAUCUUCGGCAGUUGACAAUUUCCUGGCUGACACGACGGGCAUCCCCGAGCCUCAACCGCCUCAGUCUGAUGACCCAUCUUCUUCACAGGCACUAAGCUCGAAACCGCUGGCAGAAUUGACAUCCCAAGAAAUUGAUGUGAUUCUGGCCCAGAAGACAGCCGAAGCUAUGGCAUCCAGUCGCCCGAGAAAAGGGUAUCUAGUCUUCCCGCCACGACAAUCGACCCUUCGAGUUCCGGAGACGCUGCUUUUGUUCGAUUCUGACGAUGUCCCGGCUUCAGGGGACGAGAAGAGGAUACCGCCCAGGAAUUCCUUCAAAGUCCAGGCCAUAGAGCUAGCGGGGCUCAUGAGACGGAGUGUGAGCAUGUUCGAGUGCCAGACAUUAGCUAAGGAGGGCGAUGAGGAAUUUGCGGGGCCGGAGGCAAGGGACAGAGAAGCCCUAAGGAGAGUAAAGACCAUGGAGCUUAGUGCCCAAGUUAAAGAGCAGGAGGAAGAUGAUAUUGGAGAGUGGGGACUAAGGGGCAGUGAGGAAGCUUUGGCGGUGAAGUGGUUGAAGGGGGCCAUCAGGGAGGAUGAGGAUUGGAUGGAGGACAAGAGAGCAAGGUCUUGA